ACACACGUAUUAAUCAAUUCUCCUGUACAACUACUAUCAAUUGAUACUUUAAUCAAUCACGUAAACACCAGUCACUGACACUAUUGGACCAAACUUGAAGCAGAAAAGCGUUGUAGUUUGGAAAUGUCAGAACUGAAUAACGGAGAUAUAGAAAAUCGAGACGACAGCGUCGUUGAUUCAGUAGAAGCACCACCUGCUCCGUCCGAUCCUGCCCCACAAGGCACUGAAACUGAAGAUUUACAAAAUACCAAACACAUCGACGAAGAUCACGUUCAAGAGAACCAAGAAGUGACUGAGUCUGAAGUUGUGGCAGAACCCGUAAACGGGACAACACACCAAGAAGAACAGCAACAGGAAGACACAUCAGAAGGACCAAAAGAGGAAGCAGAUACAGAAUAUACUGAAGACACAGAACAACAACUUGAGGAACAGCCAUUGGAAGACGUACAAGUCAAAGAGAAAGAGCUACCUGAAGUUGCAGAACCUACCCACGAGGUUUCUACUGAGACCUCGCCUACCGAAUCAGCACCAGGCUCCUCAUUGCCAGAAGAACCAUCAACGCACCAUCAUCAACGUGACAUCUCCCACUUGUCCGUGUCUUCAACCGGUGCUACUGUCGACAACACUAAACUUUUCCAGAAAACGUUUGAAUUGAUUCUCACUUCAAAAGAAGCCAAGAAGAAUGAGCAAUUUAAAACCGUGAUCCAAAAAGCUCUUGACUCGUUGAAUGAUGUUGACUCAAGAGAUCCCCAUGUCUUAUUCACCGCUUUGAAGGCAUGUUGCGAGACUUCAAGCAAUGAUUUAAAAUCAAAAGCAGUCGACUUGUUUGCAAAGUUAUUUGACUACGCCCAAUUUGAAGACAAUGACGAUAAAAUCACCAUGACGGAUGACUCGGUUGAUGUCAUCUCGGCCUGUUUUGACGGAGAAGGUACUGAUCCUGAGUUGGAAUUGCAAGUGGUCAGAGCUUUGAUGCAUAGUAUUCUCUUGAUGCCUUGCCAUGGUGCUUCGCUUUUGAAAGCAGUCAGACAAAUAUAUAACGUGUUUAUCUUUUCUUUGACUGCAAGAAACCAAGCCGUGGCCCAAGGUAUUUUAACCCAAGUCAUUGGAGCCAUAUUCCAGAGAGUGGAAGAAUCAGAUGCUAUGAAGAACAACAAGAAUGGGAAAGCAGCAAGUGGAACUAGAUUAUCCUUAACUUCUUUCAGCAAGGAAGAAUUGGAGCUUCCAUCAGAUGAUAUAAACCCUUCCGAAGAAAAGCUUACCUUGAAGAGGUUGGAAAAUUUAACUGAUAAUGGCAAUGAUAAUGACCGUGUUCAAGAAGCGAAUUUGGCAACUGAAAGCGAUGAAGAUGUUGUAGUCAAGGAUGCAUUUUUAGUGUUUAGAGCCAUGUGUAAGCUUUCAGUCAAGUCUUUAGAUUCCACUACUAUUGAUAUGAAAUCUCAUUCAGUCAGAUCAAAAUUGUUAUCAUUGCACAUCAUCCACACCAUUUUGAGGGAACACAUCGAAGUCUUUUUGAGUCAUGAUGUUGUGAUUUUGUCCUCCAACUCCAAUGAACAAAUAAGAUUGAUUAAUGCCGUUAGACAAUAUAUCAACCUUGCCCUUUCCAAGAAUGCAGCUUCACCAUUAGCACCCGUGUUUGAGCUCUCAUUAGAAAUCUUUUGGUUGAUCAUUUCAAACUUGAGAUCUGAAUUCAAGCGAGAAAUCCCCGUGUUUUGGGAUGAAAUUUAUUUCCCCGUGGCUGAAAUGAAAACCUCGAGUCCUCACCAAAAGAGAUACUUGUUGUCGAUCAUGGAAAGAUUGUGUAAUGAUUCAAGAUGCAUUAUAGAGUUUUACUUGAAUUAUGAUUGUGACAGUAGCAUGCCUAACAUUUGUGAAAAAAUUAUUGAUUAUUUGACCAGAUUGGCAUUGAUUCGUAUUGAUGUUACACCGCAGCAGAAGCUUGCAUUCAGGGAGAAUAGAAGAAAUGGAAUUUCUGUAUAUGACGUUAGUAAGAUUGCUAAUUUAACUAGCAGCACCAUGUCAUCCAAACCACCUGAACCAGAAAUUUAUAACCAAUUCCCAUUGGAGUAUGCCUUGAAAAUGACUUCUAUUGGAUGUUCAGUGGCAUUCUUACGUUCAUUAUAUUCAUGGGCUCAAAAGGGGUUGAACAUUACUCCAGUUGCCAAACUGCCUGCCAUUACCACAAACGGAUCAGCAUUAUCCCUUAGCAAAACUGUGUCCGAGUCAAACAACACUUCCAUGAGCAAUUCCAGAAACACUUCGUUUAUCAACCCAGUUGAAAACUCCAAUGAAACCGACGAUCCAGAACAAUUUGAAAAUCAAAAACAACGUAAGAAAGCAUUCUUGGAAGGUAUUCGACAAUUCAACCAAAAAGCCAAGAAGGGAAUGAAAUAUUUCGUUGCCAAUGGAUUCCUCAAGAGUGAAGAACCGGAAGAAAUGGCUAAAUUUUUGUUGGAAACCGACGGUCUUGAUAAGUCUGUGAUUGGGGAGUAUCUUGGUGAAGGUGAUCCCCAGAAUAUUGCCAUCAUGCAUUCUUUUGUCGAUCAGAUGGAAUUUACCAAUACUGAUUUCGUUGAUGCCAUGAGACUAUUUUUGCAAUCAUUCAGAUUACCUGGUGAAGCACAAAAGAUUGAUAGAUUUAUGUUGAAGUUUGCUGAAAGAUAUGUCUUGGGAAACCCAGAUGUUUUCUCCAAUGCUGAUGCUGCUUAUGUAUUGGCAUAUUCGGUUAUUAUGUUAAACACUGAUCAACAUUCACCUCAAGUUAAGGUUAGAAUGACUUUUGAAAAUUUCGUGAUUAAUAAUUCUGGUAUUGAUGAUGGUAAAGACUUACCAAGGGAUUUCUUGCACAAGAUUUAUGAGGAAAUUCAAAAUAAUGAAAUCAAGUUACAAUCAGAACAGCAUGCUGCUUUAUUAGCUGGUGAUGUUACAUUAACACCUGCUCCACAAUCUAUAAGUUUCUUUGGAAGUAGGGAUGUUAAUAGAGAGGCAUACAUUCACGCAUCCAAGGAAAUGACCACCAAGACUGAAAGGUUGGUGAGAAACUUGGGUAAGAAGUUAAAGAAUGAAGAAUCAGACGGGGUGUUUUACGCCGCCACCAGUGUUUUACACGUCAAGUCUAUCUUUGAUACUAUGUGGAUGUCAGUCUUGGCUGCACUUACUCCUCCAUUCAAGGAAUACGACGAAGAAGAUAUCACCAGAACUUGUUUAGAAGGUAUUAAAUUAUCCAUUCGUAUAGCCUGUAUGUUUGGUUUAGAAUAUGCUAGAACCUCCUUCAUUGGUGCUUUAGUGCAAUUCCAAAAUCUUAACAAUUAUGAAGAAAUGAAGCAAAAGAAUGUUGAUGCCAUUUAUAUCAUGUUGGAUUUGGCUGUGUGUGAAGGGGAUCAUUUAGGUGAUGCUUGGUUACAAAUUUUGCUUUCCACUUCUCAAUUGGAAAGAUUACAAUUAAUUGCUCAAGGUGUUGAUCAAGAUUCUAUUCCUGAUGUGUCUACUGCCAAGUUGGUCAACCGUAAUUCCGUGGAGAACCCUAGAACAAGUACAAGUUUCUUUAGUUCUUUUACUUAUAGUUCACAAACUCCAUCACAAUCUGCUGCUUCUAAAUUUUACAACCAGCAUUUAUCACCUGAAGUUGCACAACUAUUAACCAAGACUGAACUUGAAGUUGCCAUUGACAAGGUUUAUACCAAUAGUGCCAAUUUAUCAGGUGAAAGUAUUGUUGAUUUUGUUCGUGCCCUUUCCGAAGUCGCCAAUGAAGAAAUUGAAUCAUCAGGGCAGAGUAGCAACCCAAGAACGUUUUCAUUACAAAAAGUAGUUGAUAUUUGUUAUUACAAUAUGAAUCGUAUUCGUUUGGAAUGGUCACACCUUUGGGCUAUCAUUGGUGAAACUUUCAAUACUGUUGGAUGCCAUACUAACCCUGCCAUUCUGUUCUUUGCCUUGGACUCGUUGCGUCAAUUAUCUAUGAGGUUCUUGGAGAUUGAAGAAUUGACUCAUUUUAAGUUCCAAAAGGAGUUUUUGAAACCGUUUGAAUAUGUUAUAAUUCAUAAUGAUUCUCUCGAAGUUAAAGAUAUGGUUUUGGAGUGUAUUAAUAACAUGAUGAUGGCCAGAGCAGGGCAAAUUAAGUCUGGUUGGAAGGCGAUCUUUGGGGUGUGUACUGCCGCUGCUAAGGAGAACAAAGAAUCAUUAGUUAGAAAAGGAUUUGAGAUUGCUAAUAGAAUUAACAAAGAAUACAUUGAAGAAGUCAAGCAGCAAGAUUCAUUUAGUGAUUUGGUUAUUUGCUUCACAGAAAUUGCCAAGAAUGAAAAAUUCCAAAAAUUGAGUUUGUUAUCAUUGGAUGUUCUUCUGAGAUUGAUUCAUGAAAUUGCCCAAUUGAGUUUCUUCAGUGAGAAUGAGCCACACGAAGAUGAUACUGCUGAAGCUAAGCACGAGAGAAACGAACAUUUAGUCAAGUUGUGGUUCCCAGUUCUUUUUGCAUUCUAUGAUAUUAUCAUGACUGGUGAAGAAUUAGAGGUCAGGUCACGAGGAUUGAAUUGCUUGUUUAACAUUUUAUUGGAGUAUGGUAAAUACUUUGAAUUGGAAUUCUGGGAUAUGAUUUGCCAUGAGUUGUUAUUCCCUAUUUUUGGAGUCUUGAACAAACAUUGGGAAUUAGAAUUGGAUGAUUCUGAUGAUAUGCUUUCUGUGUGGUUGUCGACAACCUUGAUCCAAGCUUUGAAAAGCAUGAUUUCGUUGUUUAGUCAUUAUUUCGAUGCAUUAAGUCGAUUGUUGGAUGGAUACAUGAAGUUGAUCAUUUCUUGUAUUUGUCAAGAGAAUGAUACCAUCGCUAGAAUUGGUCGUGAAUGUUUAACUACUUUGCUCGUUGACAAUUGUGACAAGUUUGAUGUGGAACACUGGAAACAGAUCACGGAAGCUUUUUCUACAUUGUUUGAUUUGACUACUGCUAGGGAAUUAUUCACUUCUGAUCCAUUAAGAAAUAAACGUUACGACGAAGAAGAUGCACAAAAGGAUAUUGCUUCCAAAGUUGAUUCCGAAGAUACUACUAAUAGCCACUUUGAUGACGAGGAGAGAUUGGCCAAGUCGAGAGAAAAAUCUUCGAUUGUUGUCAAGAGUGUGUUACAACUAUUACUCAUUCAAACCUUGUCGGAAUUGUUUGAACAUGAUGGCUUUUACGAAUCCAUACCUUAUGAAUAUUUGAUGAAGAUGGCUCAAUUAUUGCAUGGCAGCUACAACUUUGCCAAGAAGUUUAAUGAUGAUUACGAUUUGAGAGUUCGUCUAUGGAAUGCCGGUAUUAUCGAGCGUCUUCCUAACUUGUUGAAGCAAGAAUCGUCGUCUGCGGCUGUUUUCAUUAACAUUAUGUUUAGAAUGUAUUGCGAUGACGACAAAGUAUCACCUGGUAACAAGAGAGAAAUCAUGGAUUAUAUCAUCCCAUUGUGUAACACCAUCACGGAAAGAUAUUCGGAAUUUGAUGAAACCAACCAACAAAGAAACAUAUCCACCUGGAAGCCGGUCAUUGUUGAGAUUUUCCAAGGAUACGUAGAGUUAGACGACGAAGAUUUCACGAAGUAUACUCCUGUGAUGUAUAAAUUAACGUUGAGAUUGUUUUCUAAGAGUAUGUCGGCAGACUUGAGACUGGCUAUACGUACGUUUUUGGCCAGGGUAGGAGAAGAGUUUAUUAAAGUGGCAGAGUAACCUUUCCAGCGUUUGUUGGUGUAUAGUAGUAGUAGUGGUGGUGGUAGUAGUAGUGGUGGUGGUAGUAGUAGUGGUGGUAGUAGUGGUGGUAGUAGUGGUAGUAGUAGUAGUAAUAAUAAUGAUAAUAGUAUCGUUUAGACCUGGUUGAUAUGCACCCCCCGCCAUAUAAAGUUAGUGAUGGGAUAUACUUAGCGGUAUGUGGUUUACUACAGAGAUGAUUAUUUUUUUUUCUAUGGGUGACGUUUUUUGUGGACUGAGAGUGUGAGGCUUGUCUUUUUAUAGUGGCAGAUUUUCCACUGGGGAAAAGCAUGAACAAAAAAAAAAAGUUCGACGGGUCAGCAAAAAUUUUCCAAAGAAAAAAUGAGCGAAAAUUUCAGUAAAGAAAGUUUUC